UAAACUGGGGACGCCAUGCUUCAUCCUGAUUGGGCAUUGAUUUUCUCUGUUACCGCUCAUAACCACUUCGUGGCGGAUUUCGGUCUUUCUAAAAACUGUAGGCCUUUCGGCUGUAGCAAGGCCGACCGAAAGGCUAGAAUUAAUUCCUGGUCAGCUACCUAUAGGAUAUAACCUGCUGUAAUUCUGGAGUAUAUAGUGAUUUUAAUUAGGUCGGUUGUGAGGAGAAACAAGGAAGUAGGCUUAGGUUGAUGGUGUGAGGGGAAGCCGACCAUCACAUCACUGCCGCCGCUAUGGGCUGUGCUAUGAGUGCAGAAGAGAGGGCUGCUCUUACUAGAAGCAAACAAAUAGAGAAAAAUAUAAGGGAAGAUGGUGUACAAGCGGCGAAAGAUAUCAAGCUUUUGCUCUUAGGUGCUGGCGAAUCUGGAAAAAGCACCAUCGUUAAACAGAUGAAAAUCAUCCACGACAGCGGAUUUACACAAGAAGACUUUCGCCAGUACAAACCUGUAGUGUAUAGUAACACAGUACAGUCCAUUGCAGCCAUUAUUCGAGCUAUGCCUAACUUGGGAAUCAGUUUCGGUAACAACGAGCGGGAGCGACCAAAUGAUUUCGACUUAUGCUGAUGGCUGCCUCAGAGA